AUGUCCGCCUGCUACAAUGCCUACAAUCCAGCGCAAUCGUUUCAGUUUGAUGAGGAUGAUGACGAUGAUGCUUCCUUUGACAGCGGCUAUGAGAAGAGCUUUGAAACGGAAGCCCAGACCAGCUCACGUCGACGUUUGGAAUUUGGCGAGCACUGCGGAGCCACGCCGCCAGCUCAAGCUCCAGCUCCUUUGGCCUAUGCCGGCAACUGGGAGAUGCAGAUGAACUCGCCACCUGCUGGCUUUGUGGGUCUGCUGGACACGAGCAGCAACCACAGCACGCGCAGCGGUCGCACGCUGGUGGAGCACCUGAACAGUCGCGCUGCAACGAACAGCUUCGAGCCGCAGCUGACGAGCACGCCGGUGAAAUCGCCAGAGGAUCCGAAUGCACCGCGACCGAAGCGUAAAUAUGCCGUCGGCAAGAAUCGUGUGACUCGUUCGCGCAGUCCCCUGCAGGUGGUGCGCAUCAAGAAGUUCCGGCGCAUGAAGGCCAACGAUCGGGAGCGCAAUCGCAUGCACACGCUCAACGAUGCGCUCGAGAAGCUGAGGGUCACCUUGCCCUCGUUGCCGGAGGAGACGAAACUGACAAAGAUCGAAAUACUGCGCUUUGCCCACAAUUACAUCUUUGCGUUGGAACAGGUGCUGGAGAGUGGCAACACCAUCAACCUGGACCUGGAGAAGUUGCAGAAUUUUACGCUGAGUGGCGAGCGCAUCACCAAGGAGCUAUUCGAUGCGCUCUUUGUGAACCCACAGCCAUAUCCCAUCUUUGGCAACGGACGCAUCUUUCCUUAUGGGCCACAUCAACAGCAGACGCCGCCGAUGCACUAUCAACCAGGUCAGGCCAUGGAUUAUCAGCCACCUGGCUUUGAUCUGGGCAGCAGCAUGCGCUACUAUCAACAGCAGCAACAGCAGCAGCAGCAGCAGCAGCUGCUGGUGUCACAGUCGGAGCUUAGUCCGCAGCCCACAGCUUCGGCUGUGUCUCACUUUUCCCAGGAGAAAUAUGAUCUGUUUCGCAGCAGCUUUGAGGCAGCUGCUAUGCCAGAGUCGGGUCUGCAUCAGCAGAGCAGUUUCUACACACAAACGCCGCCCUGGAAGGAGUACCAAGAGGAUCACCAUCAACAUCAGCAGCAGCAG